GCAUCAUUAUAUUAAAUCCACCAAUAAAAUAACAUGCGCUCUUAUCUGGUUUCAUUCGCCCAAUGAUACAAAAAAAUAUUCGUGGACCAGAGUGGCGGUAGUGUGAGUUUUGUCCGAAAGGAACUAAAACGCCUCAACUGGGACUGGGUUCUUAUGAGUCAACCCACGACUCGCGCUAAAAAGAAUUGGCAUGUGCCUCUACUAGCUAUAUGAAACCAAUUUCAUCUCCGUCAUCCUCUUUCUUCUUGCAUCAAUGGCACACAUUACACUCCUGGCUUUUAUCACCCUGCUUAUGAUUGCAAAUGUGCAAAGCCGCAGCAUUAGAUCAAGCUCUGAUGAACAACUGGUACCGUCUGGAGUCGAGCACCUUGAAAUUAACUCUUCAAUUCUGAGUUUAAAGCCACUGAAUUCCACUCAACAUACAUGCGUUCACUACUAUAGCUUCCUGCCAUGCGCCACUAAUAUUCCGGGCUUCAUCUUCCAAAUUGUGGUUUUUGAGUACUUGCUGAUUCUUGGUGACAAAUUUUUAACGAAGGGUAGACAGCAACUCUUCAGUAUUCUCGGUGUCGGUAUCUAUGGUGCCACUUUAUUCCGCAUUCUUGCUGUACUUCCGACAAAUGUGCUAAUUCUUGCAUCUGGACUUGCUCAGAACAGAGAAGAUGCUCGAGCUAGAAUAGAGAAUGGAGCUGGUUUACUUGCUGGAUCGACUGUUUUUUGCUUGACUUUACAGUGGGGAAUUUGUGUCCUUCUUGGAAGACGUAAAAUAGCUCAAGAAUCAGAACCUAAUCAAGAAUCAAAAGCCCCAACAAAAAGGUGUUUGAUGGUUAAACAGAGAUUCUCAAGGCUUAAAGAAUAUGGUGUCAGAACUGAUACAAAGACAAAAUACACAGCAGGGAUAAUGCUUCUGUCACUGAUUCCAGUUAUCCUAGUGGAAUUAGCUAGUGCCUUUGAAUCGCGGCCAUGGAGCCAUAUAGUAACACUGGUUGUAGUUGGCGCAGCGCUUGUCUCAUACUUCCUAUUUCUGUCUCGUCGUCAAUGGAUCCAAGAAAGAAGUUUAGAAUAUUCAAGGGAGCAGCUUCUGCUAGCUGGAUUUUUGGAUCAUUUACAAAAGUUUGCUAAAAGAAGGCUUGUUAAUAAAGAAGGAAAAGUUGAUGUUUCUUGCGUCAAAAGAACAUUUCGUAACAUUGACAAGAAUAACGACAAUCAUAUAUCACAAAAAGAACUCAAAGAUUUCCUAAAGCACAUGAAAUCGGGGGACCUGGAAUUUGAUGAUGCAUUUGCAGUUCAGGAACUAAUGACCCAAUUCGACGAGGACAGUAAUCGUUCGAUUACUGAAGAUGAGUUUGUGAGCGGAUGUCACAAAAUUAUUGGUAAAGCCAAGCAGAUGGUGGCUGACGAUAAUGAUUCCUCAAGAAAAUAUCUGCCACAGUUACAUAAAAUGGUUCAACCAUUGAUUGAAAGAAAGAAGGCAAAACUAGCCGAGAUUGAGCAGCAGCUGUCCCAAAUUCUGAACACUGCCCAAAACCAACAACUUGCUUUCCUCGUUACCGAUGGAAAACCUGACGUGGAUAAGAUACGAAGUCUCUUUGCUGAAUUCGAUAAAGAUGAUAAUAAGAAGAUGACAGCCAGAGAGCUAAAAGGGAUGAUCAAAAGCAAAUUUGGAAGUGCAAAACUUGAUCAUGAUGAUGUGGUAAAGAAAAUGAUGAAAGUAUUUGACGUAGAUAAGGACAAAGAGAUCCAUGUGGAAGAAUUUACUGAUGGAAUGAAAAAAAGGCUCUCCGGUGACUUUCAAUUGAUUGAUGAAUGCAUAGAGAAAGAAAAAAGUAUCAAGAAAAUGUCAUUGCGUGCUCUCACAAAAUCUGGAAUUCUAGUCGUUCUUGGAGUUGCAAUUGUGUCCUCCCUCGGAAUGCCCCUCAUAAAUAAUACUCAACUCUUAUCAGAACGGAUAGGCAUAUCUUCUUUCUACAUUUCAUUUGUAGUUCUUCCUUUUGCUGUGAACUUUAAAACAGCAAUGGCAACGAUAUUUCCUGCGAGUCAGAAGAAGGAAGAAGCAUCUUCAAUAAUGUUUUCAGAGAUAUAUGGAGCAGUAUUCAUGAACAAUGUUUCAGGGCUAUUGACCCUACUAGCACUCAUUUGGGCAAGAGGGUUCACAUGGGAUUAUUCAGCAGAAGUUAUAGUGCUAUUGGUGGUUAGUGCUAUAAUAGGUGCAAUUGCCUUCUUGCGCAGAAUUUACCCACUUUGGACUUGCCUCUUAGCAUUUUCUUUCUACCCAUUGUCUCUAGUCUUGUUUUAUGUGAUUCGUUUUGUUUUGGGCUGGAAAUAGGACUCCAAGCAAAUGUAACAUAGGAAAUAUCCUAAAGUUUCCUUCGUUUUAAUUAUGUGCUGGUAAUUGUAUCCCUGAAUCCAUACCCUUUGAAAUGCCUUGCAUUUGAACUUCAGAACAAGAGGAUCGGUUAUUACUAGACUAAAUCAAUUGUAUAGUGACAUGUAGCUUUAUUUAUUAAUUAUUAUAUUUUUAUUAAUUAAA